AUGAGAUCCUUUUAAAUUAGUAAAGACUCAUCAUUCAGGUAUCCCAUUCUCAUUAAUUUAGGAUCUUAUGUCCUUCCAAUAAAAUAGAAAUGGAAGAAGAAACUUUAGAAACAAAUAUCUAGUUAGAAAUUAAAAAUAUCUAUAGACCAAUCAAAAUUAUAUUUCCACCACCUAAUCUACCUAAAUUUAUUACAAGCACUAAGUAUAUCUAUAUUUUACAUUUCAGAUCUUGCAAUUGCAAAAAGUCUUAAUGCUUAAAAUAGUAUUGUGAAUGCUUUGCUAACGGAUAAGUUUGUUCUGAAAAUUGUAAUUGUGUUGGAUGUUUUAAUAAUUCUCUCAAUAAUUCAUAAAGAAAAGAAGCUAAAUUAUAAAUAUAAGCAAGAGAUCCAGGGGCAUUCAAAUAAGCCUUUAAAGGAUGUAAUUGCAAAAAAUCAGGAUGUUAAAAAAAAUAUUGCGAAUGCUUUCAAAAUAAUUUAUAAUGUUCACAUUAAUGUAGAUGUGAAGGAUGUUUUAAUUGUUUAAAAUGA